CACAUACAGUUCCUAUACAAUUUGUUCAUCUUGUUAGCUUUCUAUUUUUUUUUACAAUUAAUUGUUGAUUAACGCUGGAUCCACAAGCCAUGGCAACUGUAGAGGCGAUGUUAGUUUUAAACUGUUGCUUGUUCAUCCCCCUCAAAAAAUACACAGAUAACACAAGAGGUUACGCAAGUGCCACUUAAAUAAAUAUCAAAGCUCGAGUCUUAGCCGUAAAAGCCAUGAAAGAAGACGGCCACGCAUAGGAGGAUGAUGGCGUUGCCAUUGACGACGUUCCUCCAUAACGGGACCUCCGACGUGUCUGUUAGCUUCUUCUGGAGUUCCGCCUGCUCCUCCUCGCUUAACUUUGGAGCUUUUUGUUGCUCCAGGCCGCAGAAGCACAUCACCAUCUUCUUGCAGAGGCCCGGUUCUUCCUCGGGUUCUAAAACAUAACAACAAUGAAGAAUAGAAAGAGCUGUAUUGUGUCUUUGGUCUAGUUUCCAGUAGUGAAAGCGCAAAAAACAAGCUACAGUGAACGCAUCGGCUAGAACACUUUAGCUAACAACAACACCGAAGACUUGUAUGAAUCUCUGCAUGUGACUGUUGCUAAGGACAAUGACGGCAGCAAGAAAGCCAACAAAGACCGUGGAGCAACAACAACAAGGUUCGUGCAUUUUGAGUCACCAGGCGGUCCACAACCAAGGCAAUAGAGAGUCCAACCGGAGUGAGCUGGAUGAAGCCAUUAGAGGAGGAAACCGGAGUACCCGGAGAAAACCCACACAUGCACGGGGAGAACACGCAAACUCCACACAGAGAUGGCCGAGGUUGGAAUUGAACUCAAGUCUCCUAGCUGAGAGGCCUGCAUGCUAACCACUCGUCCGCCGUGCAGCCCCUGAUUGUCUGUGUGCCUCUCCCAGCUUCCUGUCUCCCUAAUCCUUAAUCCUGUGGAAAUCGCUCAGGCAGAAUGAGCCAGCUUUGAUCAGGCUCUCAUAUCAGGCGUGCUAACAGUGUCUGCACACCCGGAUCCCACAGAACCCUGGAGCCCAAAAGCUUUGCUUUGUCUUAUCCACCAACCCAUCACUGCCGUUGAAAGUGCACGACAUUCGGAUCGUGUGGCUCGGCUCGGCUUAGCUGCCGUCCGUCCGCCGACGGGAUGCAUCACCAUGUUGUCACCGACGAGUAGCUGCUAGGAUUGCGAGGGAGGAAAAUACGCCUGAAAGCAUCCCCCACACUUUCAACCCGAGGACCCCAGCGGGUCGUCACGGAGAUCCGAGUCCGUGUGAGAGGCCACUGUUGUCGGCGAUAUGGCGGAGCAAGGCUACUCAUCCUGGGCGUACUCUUUAGUCGACUCCAGCCAGGUGUCCACCUUCCUCAUCUCCAUCCUUCUCAUCGUCUAUGGCAGCUUCAGGUCAUUAAACAUGGAUUGUGAGAACCAAGAGAAGGACAAAGAUGGCAACACUACAGCGGGUUCCUUCAACAACAGCAACACCAAUAACAGUAUCCAGACCAUAGACUCGACGCAGGCGCUCUUCUUACCCAUAGGAGCCUCUGUGUCUCUGCUAGUCAUGUUCUUCUUCUUUGACUCGGUCCAGGUGGUCUUUACCAUCUGCACAGCAGUGCUCGCUACAAUUGCUUUUGCUUUCCUCUUGUUGCCAAUGUGCCAGUAUCUGACCAGACCCUGCUCCCCACAGAACAAGAUUUCAUUCGGCUGCUGUGGCCGCUUCACUCUGGCCGAGCUCCUGUCCUUUUCCCUCUCCGUCAUGUUGGUGCUCAUCUGGGUGCUGACUGGACACUGGCUCCUCAUGGAUGCGUUAGCCAUGGGGUUGUGCGUGGCCAUGAUAGCCUUUGUGCGGCUCCCCAGUCUGAAGGUGUCGUGCCUGCUGCUGUCAGGGCUGCUCAUUUAUGACGUGUUCUGGGUGUUCUUCUCAGCCUACAUCUUCAACAGCAACGUGAUGGUCAAAGUCGCCACCCAGCCCGCUGAGAAUCCCAUCGACGUCCUGUCCAGGAAGCUGCACCUAGGGCCUGGGAUGGGCCGUGACGUCCCACGUCUCUCCUUACCCGGAAAACUGGUCUUUCCCAGCUCCACAGGAAGUCACUUCUCCAUGCUGGGAAUCGGAGACAUCGUGAUGCCCGGGUUGCUCUUAUGCUUCGUCCUACGCUACGACAACUACAAGAAGCAAGCAACCGGCGAGGCUGCGGGGCUCGGGAACAUGUCGGGCCGCAUGCAGCGAGUCUCCUAUUUCCACUGCACUCUUAUCGGAUACUUUGUGGGUCUGCUGACGGCCACUGUGGCUUCCAGGAUCCAUCGCGCUGCUCAACCUGCUCUGCUCUACCUGGUGCCCUUCACCCUGCUGCCUCUGCUCACCAUGGCCUACCUGAAGGGGGAUUUGCGGCGCAUGUGGUCCGAGCCCUUCCAUGCCAAGCCCAGCUCCCGCUUCCUGGAGGUAUGAUGCACCCGACCAAUGAGCAGCCAGCACACCAGGGGGGGGACGGGACAGGGUUAGAGGACAGCGGACCCCAACCACCACGCACCACGUCCAUGGAUGAGCGGGGAGGGGGAGGAUUAAAGAGAGGGCGCACCCUCACAGUGAGGCCAUGCCGUCAUCACUCGUUCAUGCUUUCCACCGGACAAGGACAAUGUGUUAGUGUGUGUGUGUGUGUGUGGAUGCCCCCACCUCUUCAUCUUUUUUUUUUUUUAACCUCUGCGUUAUUGCCCCCCCCCCCCCCCCCCCCCCUAGAUGAGAUCACACGAUCCUCGACCCCCUCUUCCUUUGUGGACUUGCAGUUGUGAGAGGGUAUCUUUUUUUUUAGCAUUGUUGUGAUCUUUACUCUUGACAACGCUUGACAUUUAUUAUUAUUAUUAUUAUUAUUUUGGACUGUAAACAAGCUUGCCAUGGAGAUGGGAGGGGCCCCCCCUAACACACACAUAGACACACCUUAUCCCAUUUCCAUGACUCCCUCCUCCCCAAUGUAUUUUAUUUAGAAAGUUUUUAUUCUCUCUGCUCGUACAAGAAAUGAUGCAUUAUUAAAUGUCGAAGCCCACCCCCAUCCCUCUCCCCCUCACACACCGGGGUGGGGGGUGCGCUUCUAUUUGUAUAUAUGUGUACACAUGUAUUUGCAAUAUAUUGAGUUUGUAUUUGUGUUUUUGAGAGCAUGAUGAACAGGUGGCGAUAACUAACUAGCCAGUGGACCUCUGAACUCUUUACCCCAUUUGUCUGUUUGUGUGGUAGAAACACAGCUUUUCUUUUAUGGGGACGGGGAUGGGGGGGGGGACUCUGCCAUCAAGCGACCGCUGACAAUGGAUUAAGUUUCCUGGUCCUGUGAUAAAAUGAGAGUGAGUGAAUGAGACGUGUUUUAUUUGUUUUUUUUAAUUUUGGAAUGGCUGCAACAAUAGUCAGGUUUGCGUCAAUGUGGGCUGACUCUAAAAGUGUGUGUGUGUGUGAGAACUUGUGUAUAUGUAUUGAGUCAUUUUCAAAUAAGGCGGGCAGACAGGUGGAAAUGUAAACAGUGUUUUUUUUAUUAUAUUUUCUGUUUUUUUUUUUUUUU